GAAAAGCACACCCCUGAGGAUAGCCAGCCUAUAAGCCUUGGGACAUUCACCAACACCUGCAGACUGGUAUCGUCUUCGGCACACCGAGAGCAGGGGAAUGCAGCCGCAUCCGCAAGAGGCUGGGCGCAGCGGCACAGCAGUCCAGGGGCUGCUUGGCCCCAUCCCUCGGCCAUGACGGCCCAAAAAUUGUCCUCGGGGCCGUGCUGAAGGAGCCCAAACAGCGACCCGAAACAUCUCACGGCGCUCAACACCAACGUUUUCCAGCUCCGGCUGGCCGGCGGCCCAGAGGCUGGCCAUGGUCGUCACGGCCCCUAAAACUCGGUUCAUCAUCAGCACUCUGUGCACUCUGGGCACACUCUCUAUCCUCUCCAUCUCCUCGACUCUUUGAUCCUCCGUGUUAGCAUUAGACACAGACAAACACACGGAGUAUGCCCCCAAUACUACUCUUUUCUAGGGACAUCUGACAAGAUGUGGAAAAGGCUCAAGUCAAGGAAGACUGAGCCCAAGGCGGUUCAAGUCGAAGAUGAAAGGGGUCGGAGCCCGCAGCCCAAGAUCGUGGUGGACUGCGAUGCAAGUGACCAGCCAGCGCGGAGUGAGGCUAACAGCGACUUCGGGGACCCCUUGAACAUGAGUGACCGGUUCCCAAGCCUGAGGAGAAAGGCCUCCGUACAAAGCAACAUCUCGGAUGUUUACGGCAAUCUUAUGCCGUCGUCCUCGUCUGCAAUUGCCAGGCAGCGCUCUCAAGAUCGACGAUCGGACCCUCUCGGGCUCACUGUGCUGUACGCACCAGAACCAGGGCAACGUACUGUCGACAUCAUCUUCAUCCAUGGCCUUGGCGGGACGAGCGUCCGGACGUGGUGCCGGAACAGAGAUCCAAGCUACCUCUGGCCCAAGCACUGGCUUCCUGACGAGGCCGACAUGUCGACGGCAAGGAUCCUGACCUUUGGAUACCAUGCUCAUUUUUCCUCGAAGAAGGAGCAAACUUCUCUAACGCUGAAUGACUUUGCAAACGAUCUGCUUUUCCGGAUGAAGUAUGACGAGGAGACAGAAGAGAGGCUGGGACAAGUCCCAAUAGUGUUUGUGGCCCACUCCAUGGGUGGACUCAUCUUCAAGAAGGCUUACAUUCAUGGCUUAAUGAAUGAUGAGUACAAAGACAUGGUGUCCAAGGUCAAAGCCGUGCUCUUCCUUUCUACGCCUCAUCGAGGCACAGACCUCGCAGAGAUCCUCAAUAAGAUCCUGUCGGGCUCCGUUUUCGGCCACUCUCCGAAGGACUAUGUCAACGAGCUGACCAAAAAGAGCCCGACCAUCGACGAGCUCAACGAGCAGUUCCGCCACCACGCUGCCAAGCUGCAAAUAUUCUCCUUCUACGAGACCCUCACCACUACUGUUGGUCCGCUCAAGACCCUCAUCCUGGAGAAGCACUCAUCUGUGCUGGGCUACCAACAUGAGACGCCUCAGCCCCUUGUGGCCAACCACCAUGAUGUCUGCAAGUUCAGCAGCCCUGAGGAUCCCAAUUACCAGUCAGUCAAGGGCGCGCUCCGCAGCAUCGUCAACAAGGUGCGUUGCUCGACCGAGCACAACUGCGAGGACGAGAAGGAACUCUCCAUUCUCAGAAAGUGGCUGGGGGCGAACGGCCGCCCCCACGACGACCUCGCCGAUAUCAGCUCCAACCGUAAUCCUGGGACAUGCGAGGGCCUGAUGCAGGCGCCCGAGUUCGGCAAAUGGCUCGACUCCGAGCUCCGCUGCCCUCAGCUGCUCUGGACUCAUGCCCCACCUGGCAGCGGCAAGACGUACCAGACAUCAUUUGUGAUCGACACGCUUAUCGAGCGAAAUGCCAAGUGUGUCUUCUGGUUCUUUGAGUAUCGGGAUGCCCGCAAGCGGUCGCUCAAGAAUAUGCUGAGAUCCAUGGCAUACCAAAUUGCGGUUCACGAUCCGACCUAUCGCAAGGCGCUUCUGGAUCUGCAACGAACUGGAACGCAUGUGGCAAAUGGAGACGCGCAUGCAAUCUGGAGAAACGUGCUGGGGUCCAAGUUGUCCAGGUGCCAAUCCCGCAUCUAUCUGAUUAUCGACGCUCUGGAUGAAGCCGACUUGCCCAAAGCCCUUCUGGAGAUGUUUGCUAGUCUUGGCACUGUCCAGAUGAGCAUCCAGAUCCUGAUUAUGAGCCGUCCACUCUCGAGCAUCCGCAAUUCGAUGCUGCGGCUGCACAAGAAGGCCCCAAACAUGAUGUUCAACGACAUGGCCUUGACCGACAACCUCAAUGACAUCCGGCUGGCUGUCACCGACGAGAUGGAUGAAUUCCCUGGCGAGGAAGAAUUCAAACAGGACAUCAUCAAGCAGGUCGUCUCCAGGUCUGAGGGGAACUUUCUGUGGGCAAGCCUCGUCCUGAAGCGGAUCCUCCAGUGCCAUAGACAGGAAGACGUCAAGAGGGUACUCGACAGCACCCCUGACGGCAUGGACCAGCUAUAUGAGAGGAUGGUCGAAGCCAUCGCCGCUCUCGACCAAGAGGAAGACAAGAGACUUUCCAAGGUCUUCCUCUCGUGGGCCAUGUACUCGGUGACGCCCGUCAGCACGGAAGAGCUCAAGAGCGUCUACUCUGCCGAGCUGUCCUCCCUCAUCGACCUUAGGCAUACCGUGAGUCAGCUCUGCGGAGAGUUCGCCACACUCGAUGGCCAAGACCGCAUCGUGCUGGUCCAUCAAACAGCACGUGAUUACUUGAAGGGCACCACUGCACUUCCUUUCUCCCUGUCGGGGAGCGAAGUCAACGAGGAGCUCUUGUCCCAGUGCCUACUCAUGCUGCUGGACUCGGGUCUCAAGGCGCAGAUGCGACAGGACAAAGCACCGCAGUUCCUCGCAUACGCCGCCGCAUCAUGGCACAUCCACAUGGAAAGAGCAUCUGUGGACUCGGAGAAAGUCCUGCAGAUGCUUGUCAAGUUCUUCCACGACACUGCGCCUCUGACGUGGAUCCAAUACCUUGCCGCGACCGAUCAGCUGCCUUUGCUGGUUGCGGUAUCAGCGUCCCUGCAGUCCUUCGUCCGCCGCCGCAGGAAGGCGGAUUCGAUUAAGCCUCCAACGAUGCAUCGCAUCCCUGAACUGGCGCUUCUGGAGGGCUGGGCCGUGGACCUUGUCAAGAUGACGGGCAAGUUCGGCAAUCACCUGGUCGACGAUCCUGAGGCGAUCUACAAGUAUAUCCCAUCAUUGAGCCCAAAGAAUUCGGUACUCUACAGGAAAUAUGCGGACAAGUCAACAUCACGGAUUACCGUGAAUGGCCUCUCAGGUGCUGAGUGGGAUGACUGCCUCGCGAGAGUGACCAACGGGUCUGACCCGUCGCUUCAUGUGGCCGUGUCUGCGCAGUACCUCGCUGUGGCUAACGACUCGCCCAACGGCACGAUUCGUCUCUGGAGCAAUGUCAUCUUCCAGGAGGUUCAUACCUUCAGCCCGGGAGAGCCCAUAUGCUCAAUCACCUUUAGUCCUUCGGGAUCCCUCCUGGCCGUGCAUGGCCUCGACCACACGUUCAUCUGGCGGGUGGAAGAUGGUGUACUCUUGACCAAGGCCAGCAACCCUCACCAGGACCGGGCAGACACCCUGGCCUUUGGGCCCCAGGAGAAGUUUAUCAUAAUCGCCACCAACCUGCGCCGCGUGUACAAGCUCAACCUCGAAAGCGAGGACCAGCAGCUCUCCUGGGUCGCCUUCGACGAGUCCCUCCUCGAGGAGACAGCCCUUCCAGACGGCGCAUUCAUCAACUCGCCCUCGUCAUUGGCCUUCAACCCGGACUGCACCCAGCUGGCAGUCGCAUACAAGGGCUUCCCCCUCUCCAUCUGGAGCCUCGACCCACCAAAGAUGAUAGCCCGCUGCUCGGUGCGCCGACAAGCCCAGGGCGGCAGCAGCGGCCACGCCUCCAGCGCAUCCUCCUGGCAGGGCGUGUCCCGGGUGGUGUGGCACCCCUUCAACGGGCAGGUGCUGGGGAUCUACCGCGACGGGCAGAUCUUCAAGUGGGGCCCCAUGGACGACACGCACGAGGAGGUCAGGCAGGAGCUGGACGCCACGCCGUCCGAGAUCACGGUGGCGCAGAGCGGCGCCGUCUUCGCGACGAGCGACGUCCGCGGCACGGUCAAGAUCUACGACUUUGCCCACAUGGCGCCCAUGUACAAGCUCACCAGCGAGGACAUCAUCAAGGCCGUCGCCUUCAGCCCGGACAGCAGGCGCUUCUACGACCUCCGCGGCUCGUACUGCAACGUCUGGGAGCCCAACUGCCUCGUGCGGCUCGUCGAGGGCGGCGCCGGCGGGGGAGGCCCCGGCGGGGGCGGCAGGGACGACGAGAGCAUCACCAGCUCCGAGUUCAAGGAGCACCGCGCCGACAGCUGGAGCAUCGCCGCCGCGGCGGACGCCGACGCCCGCAGCACGGUGACGUCGCUGGCCGCGUCCGAGGCCCACGCCGACUCGCGCCCGGCCAUCACGGCCGUCGCGCCCGCGCGGGAGAGCGCGCGGAUGGUGCUGUACGCCAAGGACGACGGCACCGUGGAGCUGCUCGACGCGGGCCGGCAGCGGUCGCACGUGCUCGCGCAGUCGGCGUACGGGAUCGGGAUCGGCCCGGCCGCGGUGGCGCCGGGGGGCCGGUUUGUGGCGUAUAGCCUGCUCAACGGCCGGGUGACGGUCAAGAGCGCCAAGGUCUCGCUCAAGUCUGGGAAGCUCAUCGCCAAGGAGGUGCUGGUUGAGAAGGGGGAUGUCGGCCGUGGUAUCGUGAGGCAGGUCCUGUUCCACCGUGAGGCGGAUAGGCUGCUCGUCUGCGGGUCCAAGAAGCUCGAGGUUAUCUGCUUUGCCAAGGAUGAUGUCGGGACCGUGACUGAGAGGGAACUGGACGAUACCGAGUCGGGACAGGGCGCGAGGUGGGACUACCACCCUACGGACCCGUCCCUGGUGCUUGCGUUCACGGCGAGCAGCAUCGAGGUCUACUCCUGGGACGAUAUCACCAGGGCAAAGUACACCAUCCCCAUCGACCUAUCACACGGGCAGGGGUUGACCUCUCUUCUGCCCGAUGCAUCGAGGUUCACCAUCGAAGAGAUCAUCCCCUCGCCCCGUGAUAAGGUCCACAUGGCAACGGUCUCGUUCGAGGAGAACAACAACAAGGUGUUCGGCUUCAUGCUCCUCGACACCUCGCCGCUGCACGGGGGAGACGCCGCAUCGUCUACCAUCCUGCCAGUCGAGGUGCCCGAGACGGUCGGCCAGCGUGUCGAGCAGCCGGUGGGCUUCCUCCAGGACGGGAGGCUCGUGUUCCUGGACGAGGCGCUGUGGGUGUGCACGACCAGGCUCGCCCCAUCAUCAUCUUCGGCAUCGGCAGCCGGCCCAAGUGCUGACGCUCAAGCCGCUGUUGCACAACCACCAUCACCACCACCAAGCAUAAAACGACACUUCUUCGUCCCGCGCGACUGGCUCAACAGCGCGGGGUUGGCCCUGUGCCGCGUGCAGCCCGACGGGACGUUCCUGUGUCCCAGCAAGGGGGAGCUGGCGGUGGUCACGGGGGAUCUGGGGACGGACUGGGGUGGGAUCUGAAACCGAGAUUGACUUUUUCUACUUUGUGAAUUAAGCAUUGCAUGGCGUCGGAAUUGAUGGGGGGCUUUUGGGGGCCAUUGUUGGCUCAUUCGUUUCUGGAGGGUAUCUAUGGGUAGUUAGAAACGUC